AUUUCUUCCCUGCAAAUUAAAGUAUAUAGUAGUACUUCCCGCAGACCGAGAGAGAGCAGAAGAUAAAAAAAGUAACUAACUACCUACAAGGCUACAACUGCAAACCAGGCAUCUUUUUUAUUCUUUUUCUUCUAAAUCACGCAGGAAUUCAGUCAUAAUUUAAAAUCUUCCUUGAAGCUUGUUCCAAGAAUAGUUUUCAUUGUUGCUUAGAAAGAUGACCGUCGAGGGAGAGACAAGAUUUUGAACCAGAAUGAAGCACUGAUGACUGUUAAGAGCAGAGGAGUUGCCGUCUCCGGCGGAGGGAUGGUUCCCAAAAGUGUAAUCAUUUCCAAGAGUUGGACACUUUUGCUAUGUAUUAGCAGCUUCUGUGCGGGAGCUUUCUUCACCAACAGGAUGUGGACCAUUCCUGAGCCGAAAGGGAUUACAAUAAGAACUGCAGUUGAAGCUGAAGGUCUGAAGUCUAUGAUAUCUGAAGGUUGUGGUACAAAAUAUUUGCAGCCAAAAGAUGUAAAACUAUAUAAAGACAUUACUGGGGAAGUUUCAAAAACACAUUAUGCCAUUCAGACACUUGACAAAACAGUUUCAAAUUUGGAGAUGGAGUUGGCUGCUGCAAAGGCGGAAGCUCAAGAAUUAGUUCUUAGUGGCUCCCCUCAUAUGUCAGAGGAUGUUAGUCCAACCAAAAGAAGAAAAUAUUUUAUGGUUAUAGGAAUAAAUACUGCCUUUAGUAGCAGAAAAAGAAGAGAUUCCGUUCGCACCACUUGGAUGCCCCAAGGCGAGAAGAGGAAGAAGCUAGAAGAAGAAAAAGGAAUCAUCAUUCGCUUUGUUAUAGGUCAUGGUGCUACAGUUGGUGGUAUACUAGACAGAGCUAUUGAAGCUGAGGAUAAAAAACAUGGAGAUUUCUUGAGGCUGGAUCAUGUGGAGGGGUAUCUUGAGUUGUCUGCAAAGACAAAGACUUAUUUUUCCACUGCUGUUAAGUUAUGGGAUGCAGAGUACUACAUCAAAGUUGAUGAUGAUGUCCAUGUAAAUAUAGGAACAUUAGGGGAAACACUAGCCAGGCAUCGGAAGAAACCACGAGUGUAUAUUGGCUGCAUGAAAUCUGGUCCUGUUCUUUCUCAAAAGGGAGUGAGGUACCAUGAACCUGAGUAUUGGAAGUUUGGGGAGAAUGGAAACAGAUAUUUCCGUCAUGCCACUGGACAAUUAUAUGCCAUCUCAAAGGACUUAGCUACGUAUAUAUCACUUAACCAACAUGUCCUCCACAAAUAUGCUAAUGAAGAUGUUUCAUUGGGGUCUUGGUUUAUUGGGCUCGAUGUGCACCACAUCGAUGAUAGAAGAUUAUGCUGUGGAACUCCACCUGAUUGUGAAUGGAGGGCACAGGCAGGCAACAUCUGUGUUGCCUCAUUUGAUUGGACCUGCAGUGGGAUAUGCAGGUCAGCUGAUAGGAUAAAGGAAGUCCACCGGCGGUGCGGUGAGGGAGAGAAAGUCCUCUGGAACGCUGCUUUUUGAAUACACACAUGUUUCUUCCCACCUCAGGAAGAUGCAUAAUCACGAGUGCACCAAGCGUUUCACAUAUUAUUUUCUAUAGGUUGGAGUUAUGGUUGGUGAUCCCCAUGGGGGAGAGAGAUAGGAGGAAAGAAUGACUAAUGCUAUAUGGUCAUCAUGGUGUACACCAUCCUUAUAAAAUUACCAUUAUAUCCUCGCCCUAUAGACUUUCUCAUCCAUCCAUUUAUGCAAGGAUAGAACAGUAAUUUUAUAUUGAUGUUGUAUAUAUAUCAUUGUAUAAUCAAUGAUGACCAUUAAGCAUAUUUUUUGAGGAGAUAUAUAGGGCUUAGCUGACUCUUCCAGAGUUUUUGGAAUGGAAUUCCAAUUUUAGUGUAUAUGGGAUUGUCUCUGCCAAAGCCGCUAUGAAAAUGCAGGCAGGGACUCUCUUGGCUAGCUAGCUCCUUUUAGUUUUCCUACUUGCCAACUGCCAAGAAGGCAGAAUUGUGAGUGAUAGUGUUCAAUGGGUUGUGCAUUCUUAAUAAAUGGAUAUGAAUUACCUAAUGUUCUUGGUGCUGAGAUAUUUUACUCAAAUAAGUCUUUUCCAGCAUAGUAAUUUUUAUUUAUUUA